AUGCGUUGGACACCCGUGCUGCUCGCCGCCCUCGCCGGGUUAGAGGCAGCUCACGCUCACGGAGAUGAGCCUCACAUGAACAUGGUGUUGCCGCGUCUCAGGAACGUGGAAGAAUUGCGCCAGAAGCGCGUGAAAUACGAGCCAUGGAACCCCCCAAGCGUAGCCAACAAGCCUCGUGACGAGCGUACAAACCGUUUAUCACCCCGACAGGCCGUCACCAUCAAGUUGGGAGACAACGUUCAGUGUGGAGGUACUUUUGGAAGAUGGUGCGGAAAGGGCACCGAAUACUGCAGAGCACCAGAUUGUCAAAUCAACUACGGUCCGGGCUGUGACGGCAACCAGAAGCCUAGCGGCCCCGACACGGCCAACGAUGCGAGGCCUUUGAAGGGCAGCAUUCCCUACGGCGGCCUUGGAAUCUACGCCUGUGAAAAGGACGGCGAUGUUGCCGUCACCUACGACGACGGCCCCUACAUCUACACUGCCGCCAUGUUGGACGCUUUUAAGGCACACAGCGCUGUUGCCACGUGGUACAUCACCGGCAACAACAUUGGCAAGGGCCAGAUCAACGUGGCGUACCGUGAUGUCAUCAAGCGCAUGUUUGACGAAGGUCACCAAAUCGCCAGCCACACGUGGUCGCACGAGAACCUCGACCAGAUGACAUUGGCGCAGCGCAAGAACCAGAUGGUGUAUAACGAGAUCGCCUUCAUGGAUAUUCUUGGCUUCUACCCUACUUACAUGCGCCCGCCCUUCUCCAUUUGCGGAGCCGAGUGUCAGCAGCAGAUGGUGGACCUCGGUUACCACAUCACCUACUUCGAUCUCGACACCGAGGGAUACCUCCACACUGAUCCGAGCCAAAUCCAGGUUAGUUUGAACCUGUGGGAUGCCGCCAUGAUCGCACGCUCGCCUUGCAACGGCAGUUACUUGCACAUCGAGCACGACAUUCAUCAACAGGUCGCCACAACCUUCACCAACCACAUGCUUGACUCCAUCGUCGCCAACGGCUGGAAGGCCGUGACCGUCGGCGAGUGCCUGGGCGACCCCCCCGAGAACUGGUACCGCGGCAACGUCCCCGGCUACAACUUCAAGAUCUCGGCUGUCAGUCCCUUGGCCUGCACCAGCACGCGCAGCACGUCCUCCUCGAGGACCUCGUCCACUCGCACGUCGACUUCCAGCACGUCGACAUCCACCGCCCUCGCCGUCUCCCUCGACGGCUCCUGCGGAGCCACCGGGGCCAAGACCUGCCAGGGCUCGGCCUUUGGCAACUGCUGUUCCAAGAACGGAUGGUGUGGCAGCACAGCCGCUUACUGCGGCACUGGCUGCCAGUCCAAGUACGGCACUUGCGGAAGCCAGUCGUCGUCGAGCAGCCGGCACUUCUUCUUCUUCCUCGUCGCGGACCAGUGCUUCAUCGUCUUCCAUACGAUCGAGCACUGGCUCUGCCUCAAGUUCGAGGACCUCAACUUCAAGCUCGCGGACCAGUGCUUCUUCGUCUUCCAUACGAUCAAGCACUGGCUCUGCCUCAAGCUCGCGGACCACGGCUUCUUCGUCUUCCAUACGAUCAAGCACUGGCUCUCGUUCCAGCUCACUUCGAGCUCGUCCACACGCUCUUCUUCUACCUCGUCCUCUAACACACGCUCUUCAGGCACUGCUUCCAGCACCAGAUCCUCUACUUCUUCCUCGGGCACCGGUACAAGAUCCGCUACUGGGUCUAGCUCUGCUGCGUCAUCCACGUCCACACGACCCGUCUCCACGAACGGCGAGUGCGGUUCCGGCAAUGGAAGACAGUGUAUCGGCUCUGCCUUUGGCAACUGCUGCUCCCAAUACAACUUCUGCGGUAGCACCUCUGGCCAUUGCGGCACGGGUUGCCAGUCUGCGUUUGGCACUUGCAACGCCGGGUCCAGCUCUUCUGCCAGCUCGUCUGCCGGCUCCUCCAGCCGUUCCAGCAGCGCUGCUGCCGGGGGGAGCUCGACCGCGUCAAGCACCGGUGCCCUCCCGACCUCUUCUCUUCUGGCUUCGGUGAACGGCGAGUGUGGUGGCCUAAACGGACGAACAUGCUUGGGGACUUCGUUCGGCAACUGCUGUUCUCAGUACGACUACUGCGGCAACAGUGCCGCCCACUGCGGCACCGGUUGCAAGUCUGCCUUCGGCACCUGCAACGCCGGGUCCAGCUCUUCGGCCGGCCCCUCUGUUUCCAGCUCCGCCGGAACCCCGGUGUCCUCCGCCGCCUCAACCCGCGUCAGCUCCACCAACCCGGCGGCCGCAACCAACACCAGGCUUUCGACCAGCGGCGAGUGCGGUGGCACGGCCGGCUUCAACUGCCUGGGCUCCAACUUUGGAGACUGCUGCUCGCCCUACAACUACUGCGGCAACACCACCGCCCACUGCGACACGGGCUGCCAAAGCAACUUUGGCCGAUGCAGCGGCACCGGCGCCAACGUCCAGGUCUCGCUCAAUGGAAACUGCGGCCCUACAAACGGCGGCGCCACCUGCGCCGGCUCGUCCUUCGGCAACUGCUGUUCGACCUACGGGUAUUGUGGCAGCACCUCCGCCUUCUGCGGCACCGGCUGCCAGUCCGGCUUUGGCACUUGUGGUAAGUAG